AUGGGCCAAUUAGAACUAAUCACACCCUUUCAGCUGUAUUUCAACCCUGAAUUAAUAUUUAAACACUUUCAAGUGUGGAGAUUAAUCACAAACUACUUAUUCUUUGGACCAGUUGGCUUUAAUUUUUUAUUUAACAUGAUCUUUUUAUAUCGUUACUGCCGAAUGCUUGAAGAAGGCUCUUUUCGAGGUCGGACGGCAGAUUUUGUAUUUAUGUUCCUUUUUGGAGGAUUUCUAAUGACUCUUUUUGGCCUGUUCGUGAACUUGGUUUUCUUGGGUCAGGCAUUCACAAUAAUGCUCGUGUAUGUGUGGAGCCGCAGGAAUCCCUAUGUCCGUAUGAACUUUUUUGGUCUUCUCAUCUUUCAAGCCCCGUUUCUGCCCUGGGUAUUGAUGGGCUUUUCGCUGCUUUUGGGGAACUCCAUCAUUGUGGAUCUCCUGGGCAUUGCCGUUGGGCAUAUAUAUUUUUUCUUAGAGGAUGUCUUUCCCAAUCAGCCUGGUGGUGGAAGGCUUCUGAGAACACCAUCUGUCCUGAAAGCAAUAUUUGAUACACCAGAAGAUGAUCCUAAUUACAAUCCCUUGCCAGAAGAGCGACCGGGAGGAUUUGCAUGGGGAGAAGGUCAGCGCCUUGGAGGCUAAUAAGCGUCUGUGCCAAAACCCAGCGACAACUGGGAGAGACUGACCUGAAUGAAGUUCCAUACUGGGGACUCUCUCAUUCCCCAUUGUGGAAAGGACACUUUUUGACAGCUCUAUGGUUUUGAAUACAAGCACUUUAUGAAAUGGCAGUCUAAUCCAAGACACUUCCAGGCUACCAGUGUCUUUCCCAGUCAGGGAAUUUAUUGUGCUGGUAAUGAAAAUACUAAUCCAGUGGAGCCAAAAAACCUAAAACUGGAAACCAUUUCCUGUCAACUUCAGUUAACAAGACCACGAGUACUUCUUUAAAGUGAUUUCUAAAGCAUUUUUUCAAGUUAUUUGAUACAGGAAACUUUACAGGGGACAAAACCAACUUUUUUGGGUUUAACUCAUUUUUUAUUCUUGGAUAAAACAGCUACAAGAUGGUUGAAAGUGUAAGUCCCUAUUUCAAUGGCAAAAGGUUUUUUAAUCUGAGAUGCUCUUGUCUCCAGUCUCGUUUGAAUUG